UUUAUGUCGAACUGUUCUUUAUUGGGUUUGAAUUUUUUAGGGCAAUUUCUUUAUUGGGCUUGAGUUUUUUAAUCCUAAUUCGUUACUGGGUUUGAGCUCUAAUGGCAAAUCCUGUGUCUGCAACUUUCAGGGAGAGAAAGGUUGGAAUUCAUGAAAGGGUGUUGUAGAUUCAAAAGGUUGGAAUUCAUGAAAGGGUGUUGUAGAUUCAAGAGUUUAUUGGGCUCAAAGGCAUUGGUUUGAAAAGAGGAAUCAUGCAAACGAGUAGUUCAUCGUUGCAGGCUAUUUCUAUGGCAUCUACCAUUAAGAAUAGUGGCCUAAAAAAUGCCAUAGUCACAGGCGUUUCUGCAUCAUGUGGAAUAGGUCGAUGCCUUGUCAAAUCCUUUCUCGAGCAGGGUUAUAAAGUUGUUGGUGUGGAUAUUAACGACCUUGAAGUUGAUACGGGACAUACAAAUGCAUCAUUGCCACAGUUUCAAUCAGAUGUUUUCCAUUUCAUUAAAGCUGACAUCAGUGAUGAAUUCCAAGUUAGGGAUGCAACUAAGGAAGCAGUUCAGUGGCUUGGUGGCAAGAUUCAUGUUUUAAUUAACAAUGCAGCUCAAACACGUGUCUUCAUGGAUGGAGUGGAAGAAAAAUUGAAAGCAUUUGCUCGAACAAUAUCUGUUAACCUCAAUGGUGCAUUCUUCAUGUCACAUUAUGUUUCUCCUUAUAUGCCUUGCGGUUCUAGCAUAAUCCACAUCUCUAGCACAAGGGCAUUACAAAGUGAACCACAUACAGAAGCCUACACAGCCUCGAAGGCAGGGUUGUGCGGCCUUACACAUUCACAGGCCGUGACUUGGGCAGGGAAGAUCCGAGUGAAUGCUGUCUUGCCUGGUUGGAUAAACACUGACCCUAAAGGGCGUCAAAUUUUGAGGCCAGAAGAUCACGUUUGGCAUCCGGUUGGCAGGGUGGGCGUGCCGGAAGAUAUAGCAGAAAUGUGCCUAUUUUUGGCUGAUUCAAAUCGUGCCGGGUUUAUUACAGGCCAAGAAUUUGUUAUAGAUGGUGGAGUGACAAAGAAAAUGGUAUAUCCAGAUUAAAUUAUUCCUGGAUAGAUGAAGGGUUUUCUGUUUCUUGCAUAAUUCAAAAGAUAAAAUGAGUGGGAGACGAAGGAAAGGAAAGAGGGAUAAAAAGAAUGACAAUGUUUAGGGCAUUUGUGGGAUGUUUUGAGUGAGAAAGUUUUGCAUGUUAUGAAUAAACGAGAGAGGAAUAAAAAGGAUGCCAAUGUGUAGGGCAUUUCUGGGAUGUUUUGUGUGAGAGAUAUUUGCAUGUUAUGGAUACUUUUUGUCUCUUUAUUUGAAGGUGGCUCAAAAUUUUA